CACUCAGGGUCAUCGCUGCUCCAUGACAGUCUCCACCAGCUCUCCUGGACUCACUCUCCCCGGAACCCAGGACAGGGUGUGAUGUCCCCCAUUCUCCUGCUGCUGCUCUGGGGGUCCCUGGGCAGGUUCCCACUCCCUGAGGUAUCACUACUGCCAUAUCCCGCCACGCCUGGGGGUGCCCAAUAUCAUUGCCGUGGGCUACAUGGAUGACGCAGUUUGGGAGGUUUGACAGCGACUCUCCAGGGCAGAGCACGGAGCUGCUGCUGCCCCGGAGCAGCUGGCGCUCUGGGCAUGGCAGGUGGGGCCGGAGGAUCUGGACUAGGAGACGCAGAUCCAAAGGGACAAGGCUCAGUGGUUCAGGCGCUGCUGGGGGACCUGCAUGGCCUCUACAACCAAAACAACAAAGGUAGGAGCAGUUCGCCUACGACUGCACCUGAUCACAUCGCCCGGAACCCGGACCUGCGCUCCUGGACCCCCAUGGACCUGGUGGCCCAGAUCACCCAGCGCCAGUGGGAGGCAUGGGGGACGGCGGAGCGUGUCAGGGACAUUCUGCAGGGCAGGUGCCUGCCGUGGCUGCGCAGACUCCUGGAGCUGGGGAAGGAGGUGCUGCAGCACACAGGUAAGGGGGCCUCAAGGUCUGGGACUCCCCUCACCCUGGGCCCCACAGGGAAAUGGGAUAAUGGGCAGGACAGCGCCUGCUUUCUGGUCAGAGGGGAGGAACCCCUGGGUAUCAUGUUCUGUACUAGAGAGACUGGCCCAGACAAUGCUGCUUUCCUGGACGGUUAA